AUGGCAAAGAGCCGCAAAGGCAAGCCCGGUCCAGGGCUUGUGCAGAAGGCCCUUUUCCUUCUUUCAGCGGUGGCGCUGCUUGCGCUCUUCAGCCUUACUUGGCCUCAGGGCUAUGAAGAGGCCGACAUUGCGCCAAAGUCAAGGAAGCGCAGUGGAAAGGGCAAGCGCAAGCACAAGGCUGAGGUGACGACUGAGGAGCCCAAACUGGAGGAGAAUCCUUCGGACCAUCCUGCCCAAGAUGCUGCAGAGGAAGCAUCGCCACAGGUCUCCGAGCCACAAGUGCAUGAGGAUCAGCAGGCAGCACCAAACCACAUGGAAACCGUCGGGGAGGUAGAGCCUUCAUGGAUCUAUUGCGCUGGGCAAUGGCAAGAAUGCUUGUGCGGUGGGCGUGUGAAGUGGGGCAACGGCGAUCUGUGGAAGAUGAUCGAACCACCCAAGGGCAAAAGCAUCCACAAGGUGGUGUGCAGCAUCGACGUGCUGGGCGACAUCAUUCCUGGAGAUGGUGGCAAGCACUGCCAGUGCGAAGUCACUCCAGGCACGGAAUUCUACAUGCAGCUGAAUCCCAUGCUGAUGCCCCGGGAGCUCGCCGAUUCCACUGGGUCCAGGCUUAUUGCCUCCUGUGAGAUCUUCGAGGAAGGCCAGGGGACGCCUGCAGGCCGUGCUCAAUGGCAGGCCACCGAGGGGUUCUGCUCCCCUGCCUGGGAAGAGAAAGCAGGAGGCGAUCCCACCUUAAAGGGCGGCGAGAAGAAGGUGGAGCUCAGCGUCCUGCAGGAGCUGAUGCAGGUGCGCAUCGACGUGCGCUUUGUCAAGACGUAUGAGCGCCUGGUAGACCACAAUGACUGGAUCCCUGAAGCCUUUGUGAACUACUACGCAGGGGCGCCCGAUGGGAAGCAUGCUAUGAUGAGUGAUGAGCUCAUCCGCUCGGUUCACUUAUUCUCCAAGCAGCCCAUCAUCGUCUUUCAUCUUGGCAGCCUGACACCAGCGAGCUGGACACCGGAGCGCUUUCCUCGGCUGCUGCUUUACCACCUCGCGCCGCUGGGGCCGAAGGUUCAGAAGAGCUUCAACUACAACAAGAUCCGCAGCUUCUUGCUUUCCCGCGUGCUUGUGGGUGUCGAGCUGGACUCCGAUCAGUUUGUGGCACCAGGAGUGGACUACAUGUUCAACAUGACAGCAAGGGAAGUCACCGAAGACUACCCAAUUCCAAUCCUGCCAGUUCACUACUUUAGCUUCACCCAGAAGGAUGCGCCUUCCAAUAUUUGGUGGCGUCGAUUCUGCCAGGAUCCCCCCAAAUGCAAGCUGCACUCCAUGCGCUGGAGCCACGCACACCCGACCUGGACCUACUGGGCGUUGCCGUGGUUUGGCAAGUGGCUGCGCCGCCACUUCCGGGACGAGCAGCUCAGGGAGGCUCCUGGCAAGGGCCCACUCCGCGUGGCAGACAUACCUGAGGACGAGGACAUGCUGAACGUGGCAGCUUGGGAGGACAAGGUGACCAAGCAAUGGUGCAAAUUCGACAAUGAUCGGACUGAGUUCGAGGAGUUCAUCAAGUACGAGCCCAGCAUGGGUUCUCGAUGUCCACGUGGCACGGGCUGUGCCAACAUCAUGGCCGACAGCCGCUUCUAUCCCAAGGGAGCCGCAAAGGCGCACUUCACAGCUCACAAUGCCAAGGACCCCAAGGAGACUGCCAGGUGGAUCGAUCGGAUCAAUGCUCGGUACAAGAAGGGCCUGUACCCCACCAAAGUGAUUGUGUACCAGGGCCGCCUCUUUGCCAAUGGCGCUGAGCUGCGAGCAGAGUUCCCAGACAUGCCCUGCCUGCUGCGCGGCUGCGCACUGCCGCUAAGCAUGUUCGAUUUUCUUUGCGUCAGUCUUGGUGGAAAGCUGCAUCUCUUCACGAUCUUCGAGAUCCAGGCCACGAUCCAUUGGCGUCGCCACGCAAUCGCAGACUGGCACGAGAGGCCGUGGCCGCAAAAGGCAAGGGCAUACCUCAGAUAG